UCAUUGUGUUCCCUAAUGGUUGAUUUCUACCAACAGGUGGCAUUUUACGAAAUUUUAAAUGGGCUAUGGGUGAGAAACGGAUUGCAAAUAAAGGGACAGGCGAUGACCUACAUUCAGUGCAACUUUUGCAAUUCGAUGGUAGACGCGGAUCUCUACCUUCUCCAAAUUUGCUCAACGAGGAUACCGGCCGAUUCGUUUCUAAACAUCGUCAUUGACAAAUUUCACAUUAAGGAAUGGAUGAGUCUCACCCCCUACCACGCGCCCCAGAACGCGUACCUGGACGGCGAACAUGACACGCCCAUGCUGGAGAGCUUCCUCACUUUCCUCGCAACUCUAGUCAGUGUUAGAACUAAUUUAGGGCUCUCCGAGACCGCUUUGAAUCGCCUCGAAAUGAUAACGCUGCUGUGCAUGGGCGACAAGACUCACUCGCAGCUGAUGGAGCUCAUGCCGGAACGUUGCGGGACCUCGCAGAGUCGCGAUUUCGAGUCGCUUCUCGCCGAAGUUGCCGAUUAUAAGGCUCCGGCGUUAGAGGCGACCGGAAACAUGCAGCAGGGCAUGUAUGUACCCAAGGCGCAGGUUUGGGAGAAGCAAUACGAUCCCAUACACGUUCUACUGCGGGCGGUGCACAGGAGAGAUUUUCAAACGUCCAUGGAUCGCUACACUGAAUAUUGUCGUCACGCAAACAAAUUGCGAGCGGGCACCACGAGUCUCUGGCCCCCAUUUCGAGUUCCCGCCGAUUGCGGCGCCGCCUACAGCGAUCCUCGCAAUAUUCUUCAAUCCCGUGUCUUUCACGCCGCCGCCUUGGUUAUUUUAUAUAAGGCGGUACGAGGGCACGUUUCCGAGCACGUGAUGGCUCUAGUAAUAUUCCUACUGGAAAUGGCCGUCAUUACCUGCGACAAUACUGACGACGAGAGUUCGAGAAUGUGCGCGACCAAUACGCAACCGUCGCGUGUUUUGAACGAUAUGGAUUUGGCAUCGUGGUUCACGUCUGACUCGCUGACUGAGAAUUUGCGAGGAGUCAUUAAUCGGGUUAUGUUGACGCCCGAACCUGAAGUCUCGCCGCUUACUUACAGUUCGGACAGCGAGAUUGAGUGGGAGGGAUCUGAGGCCGAUAACGAAAUAUCUGACUUGUCGGCGGAAGGGCCUAACAUUGCACUCAUGUUAGAGGAGGCGGAGUGGGUACCGCAACCGGAAGCGAUGGUCUUGGUACCCCAUCUAAGAAAUGAAGAACUUUUAGGAUAUGACAACUUGGCUUUACCUGGGCCAGAAAAUAGAGGCUCACACGGUACUGGUCAAGCGAUACUUGCGUUGCCUCCCGCCGCGGACGCCACUGCUGACGAAUCCAAUGCGAGCGAUUCCAUGACCGUUGCUGUCCCUAACAGGAUGCGUUCUGAACCUGAGGAGACAGAAAGGCAGAUUCCCGCAUUGCCACCGGCGGUGCAGCACCCAGCUGUCUUGGCCGGUAAUGAAGUGGGGCGUCCUGCUUCUAGACCUACGAAUCGAGGUGGCUGCAGUCGUCAGUGGACUGCCUCCAGUACGGACGUGAGCCGAUCGGGACCUUGGCCGGCAGGCUCUAACUCCACCGCGUAUAGUCUUAUGCCUUCCACAUCCACCAUCAGAAAGACGUACAUUUACAAGAGAAGAUCGGUUGAGGGAACAUCAACAAGUCCUCCAACUGUGAUAGUCAACGAGAGCAUCAUCUCCCUACUUCUCAAACUUCACUCGCACCUAUCCGCUGUACCUGAUAGUUAUAAUCCCGACGAGCCACACGCGAGCGCCGACGGCGAGGACGAGAGCAUGGUUGGCGACGGACCGUUCUUCAUCGGAAAGCUACUGCACAAAAUCGCCACCUUGGAUACCGCUUGUAAGGACUUCAUAAACGAAACAAGGAAGAAGAUUUGGCCUCCACAACCGGAAUGCGAAGAAGAGCAGAAGAAACGCGAAAAUAAAGAGCGGGAGGAGCGAAGGCGGCGCGCGAAAGAGCGGCAACAGAAAUUAAUGGCGGAAUUCGCAUCCAAGCAAAAGCAGUUCAUGGAACGGAUGGAAACUGAUGAAGUCACCAGUGAUAUGGAAUGGGCCAACGAAGAAGUCUUACUAAGCAAGCAAGAAUACGAUUGCGUUAUUUGCAACCAAAGUACCGCAAGUACCGAGGACAAACCGAUGGGUCUAGUCGUUCUCGUUCAGGCGACCAGCGUCGUGGGUCACCGACGGCGGCAGGGUUACAGUGAACGCGUGGUGCUGCCGACGUGCGAGGAGGACAAGGAAGUAUUCCGAAAAGACGACACUCUAGCUUCAGAGUUUGAUAAAAGGGUCGAGGAGAUGCAUAGGCACUUUGAUCUGCAGUCGUGGCUACUUUCGAUUAAUUUAGGCUGGGAGGGUGGCGUGCACGUGCAGACCUGCGGUCAUCACCUUCAUUUAGACUGUUUAAAAUCGUAUUUGCAAUCGUUACGUUCGCAGCAGAGCACACGACAACAAAGUUUAGCACCGGACAAAGGGGAGUACUUGUGCCCGCUUUGUCGGCAGUUAGCGAAUUCCGUUCUCCCGUUAUCACCACAGCUAGGCGAUUGCGCGCAGAUUGUUAGGUCCCGUCCAGCGAACAUGUCCGACAUUUUACACGAGCUUAACGAUUUUUUGAAGGAAAAUAAACAGGCACCGAGUACCUCGAGCCUUUCUGAGGCAAUGGGUAAAGCAAUGGAAGACAUGACUAGUAGUACUCAGCUGAAACCGAUUUUCAAACCAAAAAGUGAUAAGCCAAGCUGCCAAACACUUUUCCUCUUUGUGACUUCGAUAGCGCGUACCAAUUUGGAGGUCGAGUUAGUGCAGAGAGGUGGAAGCUUAGUUUCUGUUAGCAGCGAACCCCCUAAUCCUCUCUUGCCUAAACGAGACUGCAUCGUUCCACUUUUGCACGUGCUCGCUGUGCAUGCUCGAGUCUUGGCCUUGUGGCCGGCUGGCGUUACGUUUCAGCAGCUUUGCGGACUACCUGCAUCACCACCUGCAGCAAAUGCACUAGCAGCUGUCGAAGUAGAGGUACCUUUAUUACUGAGAGAUCCGAUUGCUCUUUUACUUCAGUUUGUGCUUCUCUUGCCACUCCAUUUAGAUCAAACAUAUUUCACAACCGUAGUGAAAAUGAUGUAUAACCUGUUAUACUAUCAAGUUGUCACUCAAGUGUCAUGCGGACUAACCGGCGCGGAACGUCAGAAGGUAUGUGAGAGAGUUAAAACCGACAGAAUCGAUUCGCUCGCAAGCGCACUGUCGCUAAUAAACGAAUCCCUUGGAAACACCGAUCUGUAUAUGGAAGACGACGGUAUGAGCUGCACUCAGGCCACCCAACUAAACAUGGUCGCCCUCGAGCAGCAAGUUCAAAAGUUGUGUUUGCCCUUCCUGCGCAUCUCCGCACUUUUACGCCACCAUAUCUACAAUCAACCGCUGCCCGACAUAAGAGUGCCGCAAAGCGAGUUUGUGAGGUUAGUUUACUACUUAGAGCUCGUGACCGAGGGUAUGGAUUGGGAUUGUUUCAACGCCGCGGUCGCUCUAAAUUGGCCAUCGGACGUAAACGUAACGGUAGUCUCGCCGCAAACUUGGUGCGUGCAGUUGGCCGCCUUCGUUCAUAAAAGCCAGUUUGCCGCCAGAUCGUUUUUAGUCGACCAGCAUAUAACGUGGCAUCCGCCGAAAUUGUUAGAAUUACCUAGGGAAUAUGAGAAAAUAUUCACGUAUUACCACGAGAGGCCGUGCAGUCAGUGCCACUCGAUUCCUCAGGAGACCACAAUUUGUUUGCUAUGCGGAACGAUCGUGUGUCUAAAACAGAACUGCUGCAAGCAACAGAACGUUUGCGAGGCCGUCGCGCAUUCGCAAGAGUGUGGCGCCGGAACAGGCAUAUUUUUAGUCGUUACGUCGACUUAUACAAUCGUGAUUCGCGGUCGACGGGCUUGCCUAUGGGGUUCACUUUAUUUAGAUGAAUUUGAAGAGGAGGAUCGCGAUCUAAAGCGUGGAAAACCUCUAUACUUAAGCAGAGAUAGAUAUCAAUUAUUAGAACAGCAAUGGCUAGCUCAUCGUUUCGAUCACACGAAAAAGACAUGGGUCUGGCAUAGAGAUGCGCUGUGAAACAAAGCUGCGUAAUAGGAAUUUAUUUUUAUUUAUUAAUCUGCGUUUAUGGAAUGUAAUUGCUGUUUCAAAAAAAAGAAUGCGUAAGCACUUUCUUCUACAUGUGCUUUCCUAUGAUGUAAUUUUAAUUUUUGAACGUUAGUAGGUAAUUACUAAUUUUUUUGGAAAUACACUGUAUGUCGGUCUAAUUUUCUACUCAUUAUUCCAUCUAGUCAACGAAAAACGAUCGUAAAAAGCGACCCGUGAAUUUUUAAUUGUGAUCUGUUGCUUUUAUUAUUGCACCUGCACCAAUUAUGUAAUUGUAAUAACGCACUUUAAGAUUUACUGCAAAUUUUUAGUUGUCUUCCAAUUUUAUUUAUACAGUGUAUUUUAUUUAAAUCAGAAACUAAACAUUAUAAACAAACUACGGGAUAAAAAGUGUGUGAGUGUCGCCGUAGUUGUAACGGUCGAUUGAAGGGCUUGUGAUAAAACUUAAUUUUAAUAUAAUUAUUAUGUAUCAUAAAAAUAGGAUUACACUACUUUUUGAGUCUUCUGCGUGCACUUAGAGACUGCUUUUACAAUAUCUAGGGUGCAUUCAGAUCUGCUCUUGUUUCAGCCGUGAGGGCAUAUAUUGUUUAUUUAUUAAAUUACAAAAAAAAAUUACUUUAUACAUGUUUAACAUUAAUGUAGAUCGGAAUACUUUCGACGCCUCGGAUCUAUGUAAAUUUUAUCGAUUGUAUUUGAAAAAUAAAUUUGAAAUGUGAUAAAAACCGAAAAA